AUGAGAGUUCCAGUUAUACAACUCCUGUUGGGACAAGUUGGAUUAGUAUCUGGAGAUCAAAUGCUCUCAAUUUGGAGAUAUGUUGUGGUUGGUGCUGUGGUUGCAGCUGCUGUACUCACACCAUCUACCGACCCUCUUACUCAGAUACUUCUGGCAGGCCCUCUUCUGGGUCUCUACCUAGGCGGUGCAUGGAUGGUAAAGCUCAUUGGGCGAUGA